GCCUAUAAAUAGGUUGAACAUAACAAUCUAGAAAUCACAAGACAAAGCUACGUAUUCUUUCAAAAUUCAAACACAAACCUUAUUAGAAGAUACUUAAAUUCUGUAUCCUAUAUCAUGGCAAUGUCCAACGCAGAUUCAAGUGGCACCACUACUUUGAUCUCAUCAUCCCAAGGUGGCAGUACUGCUAUUACUUCUAUCCAACAACAGAGUGCUACUACUAACUUGGGAGGCCAACAGAAAAUUCAUCUUCCCAACCCUUUUGAUCUCACUGACUCUCAGAUCCUGGACAGAGUUUACCUCACCCAUGUCAAUGAUGAUGAAAUCUGCAAUACCAGUAUCCUCUUUGGUCUUGUGUCCAAUCUUAUACUUCAGGGUAGUUAUUCAACAAUAUCCACGGUCAGUUUCAAACCAGAAUUUCCUACCCUGAAGCUGGUUUCUUGUCAGAUGAUAGGCACAAAAGAUGGACCCCAAUGCGUGCACCAAACAGCACUAUGGAUUCUCCAACACCUAAGGUGCUAUUCUUGGGAUGCAAAGGCGUUGAUAACUCUGGCGGCGUUUUCUUUGGAGUAUGGGAAUUUCAUUCUGCUUUCUAGGACUCCAACACAAGACAUAGUUGGAAGCUCACUGAGACAGCUGAAUCAAAUCCAAGAGAGGAAGGUUUCAAGUGAGAUAACAGAGCUGCUGAGUUACAUAGUGAAAGCCUUUCACCACAUCAAAGUGUGGGCAACCUGGUCUUCUGAAGGCUAUGAUCCUGAGGAGGUCCCUACCUUGACUGAAGCCUUGCAAGAGGUCCCUCUUGUUGUUUACUGGACUAUUGCUUCCAUUGUUGCUUCCACAGGCAACCUCCUCGCCUUCACAGAAUAUAGCUUAUCGGAAUUCAGAGAGAGGCUUGCGGCUGUUGUAAAGAAGUUGGCGGAUCAUUUGGAAAUUUGCAAGCUCGAAAUUGGGUACAUAGACGAUUACUUGAGCCGUAGAAGAAUCUUUGAGAAGCCUAAAGAUAUAGUAGAUCUUUUGAAGGCUUUGAUCCUCCCAAAUAAUGGAGCUCAAGUUCCCCAAAUAUAUCAAGGCAGCAUCCAAAUCAAACAGGGUCUUGAAGUGUUCAAGGAGAAACAUGUGUUACUCUUCAUUUCGAGCCUGUACAGCAUAGGAGACGAGAUCAUGCUGUUGAAUUGUCUCCACGAUAGGCUGCAGGAAAGUCCAAAGGAAUGGAAAGGGUUUAAGAAAGAAGAUUUCAAGAUUCUGUGGAUCCCAAUUGUGGAGUGGGACGAAGCCAAAAGGGAACAGUUCAAGACAUGGAAGAACAGCAUCAAGUGGUAUGCAGUGGAGUGCUUCUCGGAGUUGCCAGGUGGCAGGAUAAUAAGUGAGCCUGAAGGGUUGAAUUACAUGGGUAAGCCUAUUCUGCCUGUGUACAAUCCUCAAGGUUACAAAGCAAAUGAAGAUGCAAUGGGUUUGAUCUUUCAAUGGGGGAUCGACGCAUUCCCUUUCAGGAAAACUGAUGCUGCUGAUCUUAUUCUCAAAUGGAAGUGGCUUUGGGACAUCAUAAGAAAAGUUGCUCCCGGACUGCAGGUGCAAGGGGACAGAUACUUAUUCAUCUUUGGUGGCAGCAACAAGAAGUGGAUCCAAGACUUCACACUUGAAGUGGAGAAAGUGAAGAGACACGAGAGCGUGAAGCGUGCAGACGUGAUAAUAGACAAGUAUGAACUAGGAAGCAGUGUUCCAAGCUUCUGGAUUGGAAUAGAAAGAAUGAGGCAGAACAAGAAGCACCAAGAGGCGGUUGAUUGCGAGAUCCAAGGGAUCGCGAAGAGCUUGUUCUGCCUCAAAAGAGAUCCAGAGGGCUGGGCAAUUCUUACCAAAGGGCAGAACAUCAAGCUUCUCGGCCACGGCGAAGCCAUGUAUCGAACUCUGGCCGAGUUUCAGAGCUGGAAGGACAAGGUGUUUGAGAAAGAAGGGUUUGACAUUGCAUUCAAGGAAUACUAUGAUGUUAAGGUGAAGGAAAUAGCUGAUCGUCAGCCUUGCUCAAUUGUCAAUGUUGAUAGUAGUAACUAUGGCUCAAGCGUCAUUGCAACUAUAACGUGCCCAAAUCCCACUUGUGGCCGUGUAAUGGAGGUUACAUCCGUCAAUUACAAGUGCUGCCACCGUGAUAAUAAUGAUUCAAACUACUGCGGUUACUGAUCUGUGGAACAGCCAAUUAUAUAUUUGAAUAUAUACUGCAUGCUUCAGCUAGUUCUUGUGUCUGAACCUUGUUCGCCCUUCACCAAUGGGUAGAACCUAAAUAAACAAUAUGGUGUGGUCAACAUGUUAUCUUUUUGUUACUGAAUUUCACAAUUCAAUAAAAUUAUAGCUAUAUGAAUUAUAUUAU